AUGGACAUGUGCUCUGAGAUUCCCUGCAAGGAUUGUACCCCUUGGCAGGGGCUCCUGCUCACAGCCUUCCUUUUAACCUGUUGGCACCUGCCCACCACUGCCCAAGUCACCAUUGAAUUAGUGCCACCCCAAGUGGUUGAAGGAGAAAAUGUUCUUCUACGUGUUCAUAAUCUACCAGAGAAUCUUCUAGCCUUUGUCUGGCACAAAGGGGUGAGGAAUAUGAGCCUUGGAAUUGCACUAUAUUCAUUGGACAAGGGUUUAAGUGUGACAGGGCCCAUACACAGCGGUAGAGAGACAGUGUACAGCAAUGGAUCCCUGCAGAUCUACAAUGUCACCCAGAAGGACACAGGAUUCUACACCUUUCGAACCAUAAAUGGACAAGUAGGAGUUUCAUCAAUAACAACCACGUACCUUCACGUGUACAACUCCCUUUUGAACUGUGGGCGCCCUCCCACCUCUGCUCAGCCCAUUAUCGAAUCAGUGCCGCCCAGAGUUGCAGAAGGGUCAAGCGUUCUUCUACUUGUCCACAGUCUCCCGGAGAAUCUUCUAGCCCUUUUCUGGUACAGAGGAAUUGUUGUAUUCAAGAACCUUGAGAUUGCCCGACACGUAAUAGCCAGAAAUUUAAGCAUCCUGGGUCCUGGACACAGUGGUAGAGAGACGAUGUACAAUAAUGGAUCUUUGCUGCUCCAGAAUGUCACUGAGAAAGAUGCUGGAUUGUAUACCCUACGAACUCUGAGUACAGAUCUGAAAGUUGAAGUAUUACAUGUUCAAGUCCAGGUGGACAGCUCCCCUUUGACCCAUGAGUGCCCUCCUCCCUCUGUGCAGACCACUAUUGAAUCAGUGCCGCCCUUCAUUGCAGAAGGGUCAAAUGUUCUUCUAGUCGUUCACAAUCUCCCAAAGAAUCUACGAGUUCUUUUCUGGUACAAAGGGGUGAUUGUGUCCAACAAAUUUGAGGUUACCCGGCAUAUAAUAGCCACGAAUUCAAGUGUGCUUGGCCCUGCACAUAGUGGCAGAGAGACUGUGUACAACAAUGGAUCCCUGCUGCUCCAGAAUGUCACCUUGAAAGACUCCAGAUUUUACACUCUAUGGAUGCUGAGUACAGAUCUGAAAAUUGGAUUAGUGCAUGUGCAACUCCUGGUGGACACCUCCCAUUCUACAUGCUGUAAACUUCUCAUGAUUGAACCAGUGCCACGAAAUGCUGCUAAGGGGGAAAAUGUUCUACUUCUUGUUCACAAUCUGCCCGAAGAUGUGAGAACCUUUUCCUGGUACAAGGGAGUGCUUAGCAUCCAGAUCUUUAAAAUGGCAGAAUACAACAGAGCCAUGAAUUCCAUCACCUGGGGACCUGCCCACAGUAGAAGAGCAAUGGUAUACACCAACGGAUCCCUGCUGCUUCAGGAUGUCACUGAGGAAGAUGCAGGAUUGUACACACUAGAAACUAUAAAUAGAGAUUGGAAAAUUGAAAUGACACAUGUGCAACUCCAUGUGAAAACCUGCAGACAACCUCCAACCAUCACCAAGUUCAGCAUUGAAUCAGUCCCAUCCAAUGUUGUUGAAGGGGAAAAUGCUCUCCUACUUGUUCACAAUAUCCCAGGGAACCUUCGAGCCUUUUCCUGGUACAAAGGGGUAGCCGUUGUCAACAGCCAUGAGAUUUUAUGGUACAUAGUACCCACUAAUAGAAGCUUGCUGGGACCUGCACACAGUGGUAGAGAGACUGUGUACCCCAAUGGAUCCCUACUGCUCCACAAUGUCACCCAGAAGGACACUGGAUUCUACACCUUACGAACCUUAAAUAUACAGCUUGAAACUCAAGAAAGACAUGGGCACAUCCACAUAUACAGUGAGUGA